ACCCUAUAGCGGCGAAAGCUCUCGAACAACAACCGCCUCCCUCCCUCGCUCGCUGACGCCACCAACGCGCCUGGCUUUGCGUUGCUUCGACCGCUGGGUGCAUGGACCACAUUGGAGGACGCGGCUGAGGCGGGUGAGGGUCAUGGCCUCCUCCAUGGUCCGAGCCACGGUCCGGGCUGUGAGCAAGAGGAAGAUCCAGGCUACCCGAGCAGCCCUCACGCUGACCCCAUCUGCAGUGAAUAAGAUAAAACAAUUGCUAAAAGACAAACCUGACCACGUAGGAGUUAAAGUCGGUGUGCGCACAAGAGGUUGUAAUGGCCUGUCCUAUACACUAGAAUAUACAAAAUCAAAAGGAGAUUCUGACGAAGAAGUAGUACAAGAUGGUGUCAGAGUGUUUAUUGAAAAAAAAGCCCAACUUACACUUUUAGGAACUGAAAUGGACUACAUAGAAAACAAACUGUCCAGUGAAUUUGUUUUCAAUAACCCAAACAUCAAAGGAACGUGCGGCUGUGGAGAAAGCUUCAAUAUUUAAAUGGCCAGGACUAAUUCCAUGACUUUUAGCAAUGUAAAAGUAACCAGUUUUUGUGUGUUUUUCAAGUAUAUAGACUUUGUAAAAUAGUGGGCUUGACACUAAAUAAAACUGCUGCAUUUUGAAAAUAUAAUCUGUGUGUUCAGUUCCCUCCCCCCCUUACUAAAACUUAAAGUGGGAUAGAAUGAAAGGUGGUUUGUUUGCAAAAAGUCUACAGUAUUGCAUAAGAAUUCAUAAUUUGGUUUAUAGCAAAUUAUAUUUUUUAAGGAAUCGACUCUUAGCAGUCGUGUUAAUUCUUCACAAAAUUAAAAAAGUUUCUGAAAACUUACUAUAUUUUGAAUAGAAAGAAUUAUACUUCUCUGUGUAUUACAGGAUCUAAAUAUUGUUCAUUAUACUUUAAAGCAAAAGGCAAUCGCAUAGCAAAAAUGUUCAGUGUUCCCUGUUUAAAUGUUUUAUAAAUCUUUGAAAAAUUAAGUUGAAUUCUGAUAGGCUUAUGAGAUUAUAUAACUUGAAGUGAUUAAUCCCUUUUAAGCAGGUAAACCUUUUUUUUAACCAGAAAAGCCAACAGUGUUUUCAACAAUCUUAUACUAUGAGUGUAGCAAACAGUAGUAACGGAGAAUUCUGUUUUGGGGGGGAAAAAAAGAUCAUGAAAGCAACUGAAAGUAAAUUCUGCAUUGUAUUUACUAAUUCAUAGAGAAUACAUUUUCUCUAGUGGAGUAAAUAAUUUUAUUAUCAUGCAGCAAAAUUAAAUUAUUGAGCACCACAAUUUUGUUAACUAAUGGCAAUUUAUGAUUCAACUUUAACUUUGUUAAAAACUGAAUAAGAAGUCAUUUUGCUUGAAAAAAAGCUUGAAUUGUGCUGACAACUUAGAGAGUAAUUUUACAAAUAUAUUGUGUAUUCAUGUAAUAAUCUUGGAUGAAAUUAAGACUCAUCUGCAUGAUUUUAUGAUUCAAGAAGUCAUACUUUUACAAAGUUUAGUGUUCUUUUUACUUAUUAGGUUUUUUUCCCCAAUCAAGUACAGUAAAUGUUUCCAAAACUCUCUCAUGGUAAGAUAGCAAUUAUCUUACAUGGUCAGACAAUCAUACUAGCCUUAGGAUGGGAGGAGGAGGAAAAUGUUAUAUGAAUGAUAUAUGUCACAUGUUACAGCACAAGAUUACUACUCCAGUAACUUUAUCAGUUGCCACAGCUCUGCUUUUCAGAUACUUGCACUUAAGUGAAACACUGGGGAACAAAUCCAUUUGAAAACAGUUCAACAGCUGGAACAAACUGCUUUGGUAAGGCGUAAAAUGCUUUGCAUGGCAGAUUUGACAUGCUGCUGCUUAUAAGAUGUUUGAGUACAAGAAGAAAAAUCAGCUUAGUCUGGACAGAGUUUGGCAUGCUGAAUUUUCAGCUCCUACAAACAUGGUUUGCCUGGGUUAUAGUUAUUGAUAAAAUCUCUAAGAAUAUACUCAUUAAUAUGUAUAAUAUUGUUUUCACUUUGCAAAAAUGGGUUUAAGUAUUAUUCCAUGCUGAAAACAGCUAUGCUAUGUGAUUAAUGGUUAUGAAAAGGACUUGAAUGUAGCUAACAUCAUGUAAGAAACUUAUGGAUUUUUUUUCUUAGAAGCAUUUUGUUUUUUCUUGAUUCAUAAGCUACUGUAUGUGAAUGAAAUUCAGUUAUGAAAAUACAACGCACUGUUAUUGAAUACCUAACGCACAAUUAUGAAGUACAUUUAUACUAGUAAUAAUUUAUGAAUGUGUCUUUAUUGAUCAUCUGUUAUGUGUACCAUAAUGUAAUUAAAAAUGUAAUAAAUUAUCUUUUGGUGA